UUCCAAAAUGGCUGCUCCCAUGGAGUUAUAUUGUUGGAAAGGCGACUAUGGUUUACCGUCGGUCGAUGUGGAUUGUUUAACUGUGCUGGCCUAUGCCAGGUUUGCAGGUGCUCCACUCAAAGUUCACAAAAUUACCAACCCAUGGAGAAGCCCGACAGGUCAGCUGCCUGCACUGAAGACGAGAGAAGAAGGCAGUUUAUCACAGCCGAGUAAGAUCAUCAUCCAGCUUAGGAAGCAGAAAUAUAACGCUGAUUACGAUCUCUCGGCUAAAGAGGGCGCGGACACGCUCGCCUUCGUCUCCUUACUGGAGGAGAAGCUGCUGCCUGCUCUGAUUUACACACAGUGGGUCGACGCUAAAAAUUACGUCGACGUGACGCGGCGCUGGUACGCUGAAAACACCCCAUUCCCACUCAACUUCCUGCUGCCCAACCGCAUGCAUUCAAGGCAGAUAGAGAGGCUGAGGCUGAUCAGAGGAGACGCCAUACUGGAACCUGAGGAGCAGCUGGAGAAAGAGCUUUACCAGGAUGCGUUUGAGUGCAUGACUCUCCUCUCACAGAGACUCGGCUCACACAAGUUCUUCUUCGGAGACUCCCCCUCCUCACUGGAUGCGUAUGUGUUUGGUCACCUCGCGCCUCUACUCAAGAUUAAACUCCCCAACGCAAAACUCCAGCAGCACCUGAACUCCUUAGAGAACCUGCAGCAGUUCUGCACCAACAUCCUGCUGCUUUAUUUCCCCUCAGACUGCCGAGAACCUCAGAGCAGAAAAGCCACCGUUCACUCCGACGGCGGCGACUUUGAUAACGAGCCGCACAAACGCCGUAAUCAGAUCCUGUCUGUGUUGUUUGCCGUGGCGGCCAUGUUGGGUUACGCCGUCCUCAGUGGCAUCGUCACCAUCCAGCGCUCAGGAUCACAGCUCGAAGCACCUCGCCAUGACCAUGCAGUCAAGGAUGAUGAUGAUGAUGAUGAAGAAGAAGAGUGAUUAAAAUCUAAAUGAAAACUGUAUAUUCUAAAUGAAUCUCCAUGAGUGCCACUAUUAAAGCAUUUGAGCUUGGUUAUUAAACAAGACACACCACUGCUGCUUAUGUUGGUGGGUUUUUGUUUGUUUGUAAAACUGAUUGUAAAUCUUUUUAGUACAAUAAAUAUUAGCAUUAUUCUUUACAGGACCAUAUUGUCCCUGUUUAACAGUGACCUGUAGUGGUGGCGUCAACGCAGCAUGGCUUUAUAUCUGACAUCUGGUUGCAAAUGCUUCUGUUUUUGGAGCAAAUGUCAGUUAUUUAUAUAUUUUUCAGGUCUCAUUAAAGCUGAUGGAUUUUUUUUUUAA